CAAGGGAGGCGAAGAGACCUUACGUUGCGUAAAGCCCGCUCGACCCGGAAAUAAACCUUUUAAAAACCCACUCUCCCAGGGGCGGGAGGAAUCGACGCGUCCGGAACCACGGACAGCUUCACCGUUGCUAGGCGACAAGGCAGGCGCACCUGAGCGCUCCCGCGACCAGAGCCCAGAGGAGUUGCAUCCCUACCCUGGAGGCAGGUCAGCUUGGCCCCGAGAGAUUUUCUUUUCACCUUGGGUCCAGAACGAGUUGCUGUGGGCAGGACGGUGGUUCCGUUGCCAUCAGAUGUCUUUCUGCUUGACUGAGCUGCACCUGUGGACCCUGAGCAGCACCCUACACAUCGCGGAUAGAGACAUCGGCGUCUACCAGUACUAUGACAAGAAAGAUGCUCCAGUGUCAGCAACAGAGCAUGGUAACUUAGAAGAAAAACAAAGGCUGGCGGAAUCACGAGAUUAUCCUUGGACACUCAAAAACAGACGCCCAGAAAAACUUCGAGACUCACUGAAAGAGUUGGAGGAGCUGAUGCAAAGCAGUCCGUGUGUGCUGAGCAAAUGGAAGAACAAAUACCUGUGUCAGCUCCUCUUUGGUUCAGGUGUGCUGGUGUCCCUAAGCCUUUCCGGGCCUCAGCUGGAGAAAGUGGUGAUUGACAGAAGCCUGGUGGGGAAGCUCAUCUCAGACACCAUCAGUGAUGCUCUUCUUACAGACAGUUUCAUCAUCUUCUCCUUUUUGGCACAAAACAAACUAUGUUUUAUUCAGUUUACAAAGAAGAUGGAUUCUCUUGAUGUAAAUAAGAGACUGGAAAAGCUCUCAGCCUUGGAUUAUAAGGUUUCCUAUUAUGACUUACCUGGCCCAGCACACAGGACACUAGAGCGCCGCUUAGCUGUCAGUUCCACGGAGGACGUAGUUGUCUGCUGGUGGCCGCUGGCCAGUGAUGGCGCUUGGCCUUGGACUCCAAUCUCUUCUGAGAAGGACAGAGCGAAUCUGUUGCUCCUGGGUCUUACUCAAGGAGGACUGCAGGUUCUCAGUUCUGUUCGCACGGAAUGGAAUCUUCUGGAUGUUAGCUUUGGCGCCAAACAACCUUAUCAGGUGUUGACGGUGGAGUGCUCCAUUGGUGUAGACAAGGAGCCCAUGGCUGACAGCUGUAUCUAUGAAUGUGUCCGGAACAAACUCCACUGCGUGUCAGUUACCAGAAUACCAUUAAGAGCAAAGGCCAUCAGCUGUUGCAGGAACCCUACUGAAGACAAACUGGUUGUGGGCUGUGAAGACUCUUCAUUAGUUCUCUAUGAAGCUCACCGCGGAGCAACCCUUUUGGCCCAGGCUGAACUCUUGCCUUCAUUAGUAAGCUGCCACCCAAGUGGUGCCAUCCUACUAGUUGGCAGCAGCCAAGGGGAGCUGCAAAUUUUUGACAUUGCUCUAGCCCCUAUUAACAUUCAACUCUUGGCUGAAGAUCGCCUACCCAGGGAGAUUCUGCAAUUCAACAAAUUCUUUGAUGUUUCAAGCAGUCUUGUUCAAAUGCAGUGGAUAGCUCCUCCUCUUGUUUCCCAGAAGCCUGAAAGAAGAGAAAUCUAUGAUCUCCUCUUCCUCAGGUUCAACAGAGGACCUGUGGGUGUGCUGUUGUUUAAGCUUGGCAUCCUCACUCGAGGACAGCUGGGCCUGGUUGACCUCAUCCUCCAGUACCUCCACUGUGGCGAGGUGAAUGAGGCGGUCAACAUCCUGAGCAGCAUGAGCUGGGACACCCUGGGCCAGCAGUGCUUCGUCAGCAUGAGCGCCAUCGUGAACCACCUUCUUAGACAAAGGCUCACUCCAGAGAGAGAAGCGCAGCUUGAGGCAAGCCUGGGGACUUUCUACGCGCCAACGAGACCGCUUCUGGAUACUACUGUUCUGGAGUACAGAGACCCCAUCAGCAAGUAUGCCAGGAGAUUCUUCCACCACCUGCUCAGGUACCGGAGAUUUGAAAAGGCCUUCCUCUUGGCUGUUGACAUUGGUGCUCGUGACCUGUUUAUGGAUAUCCAUUACCUUGCCCUGGAUAUGGGUGAACUGGCACUGGCUGAAGCGGCGAGAAGAAGAGCAUGUGACGCUGAUGUCGCAUCGGUCCCCUCUGGAGUCGAACUCCUGGGGCCCUUGGACAGAAGAGACACGCUGAAUGAAGCUCUUGCUGGCCCAGCUCUAACACCCGAAGGAGAAAACACAUUUCCAGAUCCUCUUCCUUCCAUUGGCUCCAUGCACAGGCAUGCUACUCAACAGAAAAUACCCAGUGGCCCUCCUAACAGCCAUCCACCUGACAGACAGGCGACUGAGAGAGGGAAUGAGCAGGAAGGGAAGAUGCGCACUGACUCUUCGGUGACCACCAUCUCAGACGCAGAAGGAGGACUGAAAGAAGACUUCAGGGGACAGGACAUUGGAGAUGUUGGUUCUCUCAGAAUGGUUCAUUUUGGUUUGGUGUAAAUCAUUUGAAAUUCCAAAAAGAAACCUGAUGUAGGAAGUCCUUCUGUAUGUGCAUUGAUUGCUUUUAUUGGUUGAUGAAUAAAGAAUCUGCAUUGGCCUAUGAUAGGGCAGAGUAGAGCUAGGCAGGGAAAACUAAACUGGAUGCUG